GCAUGCGUAGGAAGAAACAGUGGCAAGAGAAAAACAACAACACUCAUUGGAACAAGGGUGGAACUCAUGGUAUCGUGAGGCGACCCUAGAUCUCACUGAUUUAGUUAACGUCUGAGCCUCUUUUCAGUUCGACUUGAUCUGUAAAUGGUGUCGAGCCCAUGAACCUGGCCAGUCAGAGCGGAGAGGCCGGCUGCAGCCAGCUGCUCUUCGCCAACUUUAAUCAGGAUAACACAUCCUUAGCUGUUGGCACCAAGUCUGGGUACAAGUUUUUCUCCUUGUCAUCUGUCGACAAAUUGGAACAUAUAUAUGAAUGUACUGACACUGAAGAUGUGUGCAUUGUGGAGAGACUGUUCUCCAGCAGCCUUGUCGCUAUUGUCAGCCUUAAGGCACCUAGGAAACUGAAAGUCUGUCAUUUCAAGAAAGGGACUGAGAUAUGCAACUACAGUUACUCAAACACUAUACUGGCUGUGAAACUAAACAGACAGAGACUGAUAGUGUGUUUAGAGGAGUCACUCUAUAUCCACAACAUUAGGGAUAUGAAAGUACUACAUACCAUUCGAGAGACCCCUCCAAAUCCUUCAGGACUGUGUUCCCUGUCAAUAUGUAAUGAUAACUGCUACUUGGCCUAUCCGGGAAGUGCAACAAUUGGGGAAGUACAAGUUUUUGACACGGUCAACCUGAGGGCAGCAAACAUGAUCCCUGCCCAUGAUAGCCCACUAGCAGCACUGGCAUUUGAUGCAAGCGGCACUAAAUUGGCCACAGCCUCUGAGAAGGGCACCGUAAUCAGAGUGUUCUCCAUUCCAGAGGGCCAAAAGCUGUUUGAGUUUAGGAGGGGAGUAAAGAGAUGUGUAAGCAUCUGCUCUCUCGCAUUCAGUAUGGAGGGACUCUAUCUAUCUGCCUCAAGCAACACGGAGACGGUUCAUAUUUUUAAGUUGGAGACGCAGCGAGAGAAGCCUCAAGAGGAACCCACUACUUGGACGGGAUACUUUGGGAAAGUAUUGAUGGCCUCCACAACAUAUCUGCCUGCACAUGUGACAGAGAUGUUCACUCAAGGAAGGGCAUUCGCUACAGUCAGAUUGCCCUUUUCAGGUCACAAGAACAUCUGCGCUUUGGCCAUAAUCCAAAAGAUCCCACGCCUUCUGGUGGCUGCAGCGGAUGGUUAUCUUUAUCUGUACAAUCUGGACCCACAGGAAGGAGGAGAGUGCACACUAAUGAAACAACAUAAGUUAGAUGGAAGUGCAGAGCCAGCAAAUGAAAUUCUUGAACAGACAUCACAUGACCGACCACUUGUGGCACAGACCUACAGUGCUGCUGUUGCCAAGGGUUACAGUGAGGAUCAGGGGGCUGUAGGGGGUGCUGGAGUGGAGGAUGACAUGAACACACUGCACCUGGACGAAGAGAAUGAGCAGCCUCCCUUAAUCCUGGAAACAGACUGAGCCUCUGAUAGUCACGCCCUGACCAGAUGAUGGUGUCGACUGAGUGACUUUGCGGAGGGGGCUAUCCUCCAGGUGUACUGCUAUGGACAUAUGUGACAUGAUAUAGCAGGGAUUAAAAGAGAGAUAAUUUUAAAGCAAGCCUAGCUGUAGCCUUACUCUGUCUGUUGUUGCAUAUAGUUUUUUUCCUUCCCCCACACUUGUGGCUUAAUAGAAUCUGGUGAAUUUCGUUUUUUUUUUUAAUGCCCAAAUAUGUCCUUAAUUCAGACCAAAAUAUGAAAUCUGAGUUGCAGGUGUCACGUCUCUUAACUUUGCAUGUACAUGUGCCAAGAAUAGACAUUCUAGAAAAACUUAGCUUUCAUGUUGAUGGUUCUGAUGUGUUUGCUGGCCAUUUCUUCACUUGAACUUUGGUAUUUGUGUCUUUUUACAAUGUGAUUGAAAGCUAACUGGCUUGCAUUGCCUGCCACAUCACCACAUAACUGUGCAAUGUCUGCUUUGUGAAGUCCCAUACGAAUCGUCAACAUGUGUGGCAGAUGAUUGCUCAUGAAAUAACAGGAUUAUUUUAGGUGAGGUCACACAAAGUUAACACUAAGAGGCUUCUCUUUUUGCAAAAGGAAAACAAUAAUAUAUAUUUCUAAAAGACAUAGGUUACAUUUUUCAGUGCAAGGUUGUGUUCUCUGUCUUGUGACAGUGGAAAGGAAAAUAUUGUAAGCAGGAUGGUAUGAGCUUACAAAUGUUCCCACAGACAUCCUUGUAGACUACAGUCUGUUAAACAAACAUGGCUGCAGCCCAGGUCACACAGUCUGGCAGUUUAAUCAGAACAGAUCAAAAGUAUGGCGUGAUAUCCAGGAUUCCUGAGUUCUUAUGAGAAAUUAAUGGACCAGGGCUUAUGAAUGUGACAAAUAUUAACAAUACAUAAUGCUAGCCAGUGUGCCCAAAUUAGCGCAGCGUGGAAAAAUGCAAUAUAAUGAGAUACUGCCCAAAUUCUUAGAUGGAGCUUUUAAGGCACUAUUUUUAUGCAUGGUUUAUUUAUCUUCAGCAUUUUUGAUGUUGCAUAUCAACAAAGGUCAACAUAAUAAAUCCGGCUAGUUGUGUUCUCAUCAUCCAAUGACCUCUAAUGCCUCAAGGCCACUUUAAUAUAUUUUCUAAUAAUUUUUGUAAAAAGAAAAAUGUAAAUUGUUCCAUAUAAAGAUUAAAUCAAUCCUCUGUUGAAAAUGUUUAAACGUCUAUAUAAGUCAGUUUCAGCAUAUAUUUUUAAUUUGUUUUAAUUACAUUUAGUGUGGUGUACUAAUUGUUCAGUUCAUCCAGUAGACAAUAUCCAUUGUUGUGUCCCAGAUCUCAUAAAUAUUAAAAAGAUUGCAUAGCAUUGACAUUUAUCAUAGAAAAACAUUCAGAAUGCUGUACAUCAUAUUUAUUAGUUUCAACAGCAGUAUUGAGGUUCAAGGCAAGGCAUCUGUAGUAAUUAAAAACAGAAAAGCAGUCUAUGACCAGCAUAUAAAUUCAUAAAAUGGAUCAACAAACAGCUCUUGGUUCAUCCAGAACCCGUUUCCAAAUGCUUAUCAGCAUCCUUAUAUCGUUUUUGAUCAAAAUAUAGGGUAUGAAAACAAAAGAAGAGAGGACCGUUUACCCCAGUGUUUCCCAACAUUUCUACUAACAUGGCACACUUUUUACGACUACAAAUUUCUACGACACCCCACUAUCCUACAUAGGCUAACCAUUGUCUGUAUUGUUCCUUUUCAAGAACUUGUCCAUGUUUUCUGUCUUUGUUAGUAGCGUGUUUACUUGUAGGCCUAAUGUUUGAAAUUCGGCUACGCAAAAAAAAAACCUGACAGAGGAGGCCGCUAAAACAACUGAACAUAUGAACAACGCAAUAUUACAAAAAACAAAUACGAUUAAAAUAUGAACAACAGAACUCUAUGGAAUGAUAUUCCGGACAUUAUUCAAAAGGAAUUGCAAAUUGUAUUUGCAAUUGCGUUUUCAAUUUGUGGACGCAUAAAAUGUGACAUAAUCCAAACGCAAUUACAAAUCGCGCAUUACGGUUUGCAUUUUCGUUUAAGCGAACGCACAGUGACUGCCAGAUUUCAAAUGGAAAAGCAAAGUCCGUUUGCAACUUUGUUUCCCAUAUCUUACGAGUUUUGGCCCUGUCAUAUUUAAAUAGCAAUUUCAAUUACCACGUCUGCUUUUUCACUUUCUCAGUGUCGUGUAUGUAGCCAGCCAAAACUCAAAUGGAAUACUAAUUCUUUUCUUUUUUUUUUUUUCUUGCAAUAUUAACAAACAGAGCAAGACCAUACAUACAAGAAAUAUAAACAAUCUUUCAAAACAAAAGAGAAAUUAUGGUUCAGAAUACAUUAAGAGAGGAAAUGUGAAAGAAAUUUAAAUAUAUUCAACAAUAGUCUAAAAAGAAAAGAGAGUAAGAGAAGAAAGAAAAGAAAAAAAGAAGAAGAGGGCACAAAAGAAAAAACAUUAAGAGAGAAUAUUAAACAUGGCACUAAUUCUGGAUGUUUUCAUUGCUUUCUUGUUAACAGAAGUUGAAAUUGUAUUUAAAUACAUCUUCAAUUCUUCUUUGAAAAAGCUAAAGUGGGGUUUACUUUUCAUAUAUUUACAUUUAUGGAUAUGAAACUUUCCAAUAUAUAAAAGAAGGUUUAUACAAAAACAUGCAUUAAUUAGAUUCUUGUCUUUAACAUAAAACCCAAAAAGAAUGUGUCUAUAUGAUAAAGAAAAGUUACAUAAAACCUUUUGGACAAUCAGAGCACCAAUAUUGUUCCAGAAAGACCGAGUAAAAAAACAUUCCCAAAACAAAUGAUCAACACUUUCAGAGGAGGCUUCACAAAAAGAGCAGGAAGUAUCAAUAUCAUUUCUACAUUUCUUUAAAAAAGUAUUUAACUGGAUAAAAUCUAUGAAUAAUUUUAUAGGAUAUUUCUUUAACUUUAUUAGUUAGAAAGAAUUUCUGAGGAAGUGACCAAACAUAUGACCAUUUAAUAUCAUCAAAAAGGUUAUUCCAAUAAGAAAUGGAGGAAGGAAUUGAAGUAACAGGGUCCAAAAAUAAUGACCUAAUUUUAUAAUUGGAUUUAUGUAUUGAAAAACAAAUAGAACCAACCACAGUAGAUUCAGGGCUAGGGGAGAAACAGAAGUCACUGUAGCACUAUUAUUGUUUCUAAACAGCAUACAGAUUUCCAAAGAGAUGGCCUUGAAAACUAUAUUAAAUUCUUAACUAGAUACUGGGAAUUGGUAUCCUGAAACAAAAUCAGAAUAAUUAAAUAAAUUACCUUCACUAUCAAAUAGCUGGUUUACUAAUAUCACCCCAUUAUUGAACCAGUUUUCAAGAAAUAAAGAUUUCCUCUUAUGAAGAAUAUUACAGUUGUUCCAAAUUAAAAAAUUGUGUGGCGAGAAAUUAUGCU